AUGACAUAUGAUCUCCAUGAUUCCAAGGAUGGCUACACUGGGGAAAAUAGUCCCCUCUAUAAAUCUCCAUAUGACAUUGGAAAGAGUGCUGAUCUCAAUGUGGAUUCAAUUAUUACCUACUGGAAGGACCAUGGAGGAGCUUCUGAGAAGCUCAUUAUGGGAUUUCCAGCAUAUGGGCAUACCUUUAUCCUGAGUGACCCUUCUAAGAAUGGAAUAGGUGCCCCUACUGUUAGUGCUGGACAACCAGGAAUGUACACAAAUGAACCAGGACUCCUGGCUUACUUUGAG